AUGGAACUUUCUUCGGGACCACAGAAUUUAAAUCCAACAAUAUAUGAACGUACUGAAGAUCGAAUUAUACAAGAAUCAGAUUACGAUAAUGAUGUACGAGAUGAAAUUGAUCGUCGUGAAAUAUUUGAUCUCAUACGAUCAAUUAAUGAUCCUGAACAUCCACUUACAUUAGAAGAACUUCAUGUUGUUGAUUUAGAUGGAAUUACAAUUGAUAAUCAAACUAAUACAGUGCAAGUACAAUUUCGACCUACUAUUCCACAUUGUUCCAUGGCAACAUUAAUUGGUUUGAGUAUUCGAGCAAAAUUACUUUAUACACUUCCUACUCGUUAUAAAGUCGGUGUUAAUAUAUUCGAAGGUGCUCAUAUACAAGAAAGUCAAAUAAAUAAACAAUUAAAUGAUAAAGAACGUGUUACUGCUGCACUUGAAAAUCAACAUCUUCGUGCGGUUGUUAAUCGAUGUAUUACUACAUCAGAAAGUUAA